CCUAGCUUAUUUCUGCCAUUUCCUCUCGUCUGGGACUCUUAGAUAUUUUCUCCCUUUCUAUCUAUCUUUUUCUACAACACCCUCCAUAGUCCACGUGUGAUGAAGAAAAUGACAAACCCUUUCAAAACUUUGGAUGCUUCACCCCGCACUGGCACCGCGACCCCGGCGCCUAUCUCUCAAACGACAUAUCCGGUUGCGGGGAUACUUACUACGGUGUUCGGCUUAAAUGAGCUACCUUCGCAGGCUUCGGAAGUCUCGUGUCUCUGGCUGCUACACCCUAGACUAGCGAAUAAAGAACGCAUGACGGGAAUUGCCACGGCGGCCAUCACGGAUUGGAACAGCCGAAUCAAGGCGAGUCAAGCCAAUUCUAGCAGCCGUUGUAUAAAAGGGUUGAUCGCUGUCUCAUUUGAUCAGCGAAAUCACGGCACGCGGUUAGUCGAUCCUCUUGGCAAUGAAGCAUGGAAACAGGGAAACCCUCGACAUGCGCAGGACAUGUUCUCUAUCAUCCAGGGCACUGCACGGGAUGUUUCUCUUUUGAUCGACUUUCUCCCAUCCUAUGUGUUUCCCGGUUCUGAGCACGAAAUCACUGAAAAUCUCGUCCUCGGUGUUUCCCUGGGUGGACAUGCAGCAUGGAGCUGCAUUCUACAUGAGCCGCGUGUGAGUGCUGGUGUGGUCAUUAUUGGUUGUCCCGACUAUGUAAACCUCAUGACAGAUCGUGCGAAACUGUCAAAACUCCCAGCAUGGACGAGCAGUGACCCUCAAGGCUCCCAGUUCUUAGGCUCUGAGGCGUUUCCCGCAUCUCUCCUAGAUACUGUCCGCAAGUAUGAUCCAGCAAGCCUGUUUUUAAGCCAUACGGAUAUGGAAGCAAAUGCCGCACCUCAGCGUAACGGUUCUUUACGGGAGCCGUCAGAGAAAGAGAAGGCGGCCCUGCGGCCACUGUUGACGCGCUGCUUGGCAGGCAAAAAGAUACUCAACCUUUCCGGCGGGCUAGAUAAAUUGGUUCCGUAUCAUCGAGGAGAGGCCUUUCUAACUUGGCUGAAACAGGCCAUUUCGCCGAGUGGCUGGUUUUCCGAUGGCGCGGUGACUUUCGAAGACGUUAUCGACGAGGGUGCGGCUCAUGAGGUGACCCCCAAGAUGGUUGAUGAAGCUGUGCGAUUCAUCAGCGACGUACUCGCCGCCAAUGGCCAUGUUUCAAAGAACCUCGGAUCUGUCCGUGAAUUCAAAAUAUAAAUGAGGUAGUGAAGGGUUUAGACGUACGGUGGCAGGCCAUGAGAUCCUGAAUAACAUCUGAGCUUAAUGCCCUCAUACUGGCAUAUGCCCAUCCACCUAUAACGAGACAAUCGUAGCCAUGGAUACCGCCACAAGCAGGCAUGGCACAUCUACGUAGCAUUGGAGUAAUGUAAUAUCAAAAAUGAUACCGAGCAGUGCCU